AUGUCACGUCCGAUCGUUGUUCUCGCGCUCGCGAUUCUUAGCCUCCUGCAGACGGUUACUGCCGUCGACCUAUCACAGACGAAGAAUGUCCAAAUUGACUUCGCCGAGAAGGAUAUUGUGCCCAAAACGGCGCUGAAAAAUCUCCUACCCGAGACAUAUGCUGCUACUGGAUUCAUCGGAAAUAUUGAAAUUGGAAGAAGAUAUGCCGACGAAACAAUCUUUCGGCGAGUUAUCGUGUUUAAUAAUCCCACAGACAGAGUUCAAUCAACUACCUUAACGAUGUCUGUCACUAACGGAAUUCUUCAUUACAUUAGUGUAGUGAACGACAACGGUAGUUACGCGGUAGCAUGCGAUGAACCAACAACUCUAGGAUCACGCAACGGCAAGAUCAAUAUUCGCGGCGCUCCCAAUACGAGAUCCUCUGUCACAGUCAUCGCAGCAGCGCAUUAAACAAUUGUAUGCGUAAAGAAGUAAACAUUUAUCAUAGUUCGCGUAUAAAAAAUAAAGGAAAUUUUUUAGUUUUUAAAUUAUACUUUGAUUUUUAAAU